GACCCCGAUCCAUCUGGCCCUCUCUCUGCUCACCACAAGUCAAGUCAGUUCGUCGCGGCGGAGACGACUACGAGACGACGAGGCGAGCAGGCGGUGGCGGCGACGACGAGCAGCGCCAGCAGAUCCGAAGGAAUGGCGGCGAAGGCGAUCUCGAGCCCCGUGCCUGUGGAGUGGUACCCGACUCUUGCUGUCCUCAUGGUCUCCGUCGGACUCAUGCUCACCGCCUCCUUCUUCAUUUACGAAGCAACUUCAUCCAGGCGGAGCCGUAGCCUGGCAAAGGAGAUCGCAACAGCGGCUGUUGCUUCUGUAUUUCUGGGCUUUGGGUCUCUUUUCGUGCUCCUUGCAAGUGGUGUUUUUGUCUGACGGCCCUCUGUACAAGCCUUUUGUCUGUGUUCUCCAGCUGCAGUAGUUGGAUGUCAGGUUCUGAAAUUAUGUGUUAUCCUAGCGAAUAUUCAGUCAGGUAAACAUGUUUUUGACAAAAGGAUGAGAUCGACUGAUCUAAAUAUGCUGUGAAUUUUUCCCUA